AUGAGCGCGGCUGCUAGUACUUCAGACUCCACUGGUCUUCGAUCGUUCAGUGGAGAUUCAGAAGAUGCCAAAGAAUACAAGCGAUGGAAGGUGUGGGUGAGCAACAAACUGCUCACCAUUGCUGACAAGGUUCCUGAACACGCCCGUGGCGCCUACGUGUACACCCUUUUGUCUGGCAAAGCAUUGGAGUGUGUAGAGCACCUUGACCCCAGCAGUUAUCAGAAGAAGGAUGGCGAGAAGAUCAUCUUCGAACGCCUGGACCAGCGUUUUCCUCAGAAAGACGCUUCCGACGAGAUGUCGGAAGUUUUGACUGAAGUGUUUGCAGUCAAAUCCCAUGAGGGAGAAUCUCUGAAGGCCUGGAUUUCUCGAGCAACUGAACUGUUUGAUCGAUGUCAACGCAAGGUCAACGUCAACUUUCCUGAGGAAGCUCGCGGUUGGAUGACCCUACAUCGAUCUGGUUUGAGCGAUGAGCAAAAGGCAGUUGUCCUCGCUCGGUCGUUGGGAGUGUUGAAGAGGGAAGAGAUCGGUCGUGCCAUGCGCUCUUGUUACCCCGACUUCGUUGUUGGCAAGAGACGCGCUGCAGGAAUUUCACUGGUCGAGGAUUCCCUACCUCCUGAGGACGACAUCGCUGCUGAUGAAGAGUUCGACGAACUUGAACAGUUCUUAGCAGAGCAUCAGGGCAAGGAAUCAGCUGCAGCCAUGGUAGUUGAAGAACACUUCAUCGCCAUGAUCGACAUCCUGCCAUCCUCUUGGCGAUCCUUGCAGUGGUUGAGAGAGAAGCAACAGAAAUGUUCACCUACUGCUGAAGAGCAGCUGCUUGUGAGUUCACCUGGGUUCGGAGUUUUGGACUCCGGUUGUGGCCGCUCCAUCAUUGGUUGGGACGCAUUGCAAGAGUUCAAAGACUUGUGGAAAGCCCGCCAGAUGGAGAUCCCAGAGCCUUUCUCUGAGGUGAACCACUUCAAGUAUGGUAACGGCCACAAAGAGAUGUCCAAACAGGCCAUUCGUGCGCCCGUCCAUCUCGGUGGCAGGGCAGGAACCAUCAAGGCAGCCAUUGUGCAGGGCCAAGCGCCCCUGUUGAUCUCUCGCAGUGCACUCAAAACCCUGAAAGCCACCAUCAACUUCGAAACGAAUGAACUGACUGUUUUCGAUGAUCGUGUAGUCAUUCCUUUGGCCACCAAUCAAGCUGGCCAAUACACUGUUGAUUUGCUUGGCAAUCCUGAAGGCUCCAACAGUGCCUUCGAAGAAAUCAUGAUGACCACCGCCAUCGAUCAGGUCAGUGCACCAACCCUCGACGUGUCGGGUAGUGAUCCGCCGGCCAUGUCGUCCAUCGAGCUCAACAACGAGAAGCUGAUGGUGCUUUUCGACGAGCCAAUUGAUCCCAGUAAAGGUAAGGCCAAGUAUCGUCAUGCACUCCCUCCACAUGUACUCCGAUGUCAAACCGAAUUUCUGUACACGCCACAGGAAGAGUGUCUGGUCUUGGAGAGCCUGCCCAAGCAUCAUCUUCGGCAGUUGGAGGCCAUUGUUCGGGAGACGCUUGCCGUACAGCCCCAUGACAAGUCCCAACAGUCUCAUGAUCAUGGUAAGACACUUCUAGUUGCCGAAGUCUUUUCACCGCCUCGAUUUAGUCCGGUGGUGGAACAAAUGGGCUUCGCGAGUCGUUCAUACGAUUUGCUCAACGGGUAUGAUUUUCGACGUGCCGCCGACAGGAAGCAGGAGGCAGCAAGCUGUGCAGCAUGUCCAUCAUGCCCAGAGCAGAAAUGUCAAGAGGUCUUGAUGGCCAAAGCCGAUCUAGGAUCCAUGGUUGCGUACUGGAGACAUCAGAAGUUCCAACAAGGCGAGAAGACCGAUGAAGAAAAGUCCAUUGAAGAGAACUCAACAUCUGGAUCCGACUUGAAGACUGCCUCGAGUUAUGGCCCCGUUCGCUCUCGAUCGCGAGUGGCCAUGAAAAGUGGACCAGCAGCACUCUUUCGACCAAGACCUAUGCUGCAAGAUGACUUUGUGGAUCUCAUGACUGAAGUUGUCCCCAGACUCAUCACUGAGCAUAUUGAUAAAUCAUCAGCAGUGAAUUGGGAACCAGAUCCUGACAGCAUGCAAGACGUGUCCAGUGGUCCCAGCAGCGGUAGUGGUCUUAAGAGGUCUGCCGAUUCGCAAGUGGCAACUGAAGAGCCACCAGCUGUGCGUCCCAAGACUGAUGACGCACAAGAAUCUAAAAUGGCUUGGACCUCUGAUGAUGCCGCCAAGCUGCAAGAGCUGCUCCAGAAAGCAGCUGCCAACGGUGUGCAUCCUCUUGCUGCUCUCGAGAAGACCGGCCGUCACUUUCAGGACGAUGGUUUUGAAUUGGUGACCACUGGUGGCAUGUCAGACGCCACCAAGCGUCUGGGAGAUGACCAAAUGCCCGUGGCAAAGAAGCCAAACCAAAAGAGCUCGACCAUGCCUCUGCAGACCGACGGCUCUAUGGGAUACUAUGUCAAGGAAAUGAUGCCUGUGCCACUCCCCAGCUCAUCGCUGGACCCGGCUCCGACCUACCUGCCAGCUGGAGUGAAGGGUUUGACACAGUGGAGCCAGUCGAUCAUUGGCUUUGGCAAGUUCAAAGGCAAGGGAAUGAGCUAUGCUGACUUGAUCAAUGCCGGCACGGAAGAGACCAAGGGAUACAUCAAAUGGUGCAAGUCCCGGCAGUCCAGUGCUGGUGGUGAGUUGGCUGACUUGGCCAAUUUUCUAGUUCAGCAUGAAGCCGAGCAGUGCAAGUCGGAUAGCUCACUCGGUGAGGUCAUCGCUGGCACCAGCACGCGAAGGGUCUUCAAGUCGUGA